UCGUAAAUUGAAGCUAUAUAUAAUUUGGUAUCGCGAAACAAAGUUCAUCUCAGUACAUCUUCACUGAACGUAAACAUGUCUGGUCGUGGUAAAGGAGGAAAAGGUCUUGGAAAGGGGGGCGCCAAGCGUCACAGGAAAGUUCUUCGAGACAACAUCCAGGGUAUCACCAAGCCUGCCAUCCGUCGUCUUGCACGUAGAGGUGGAGUUAAACGUAUCUCUGGACUCAUCUACGAGGAAACCCGUGGUGUCCUGAAAGUCUUCCUCGAGAACGUCAUCCGUGAUGCAGUCACAUACACAGAGCAUGCCAAGAGAAAGACCGUCACAGCCAUGGACGUUGUCUACGCUCUGAAGAGACAGGGACGUACCCUCUACGGAUUCGGCGGUUAAACUGCCACUCCUGUGUGCUUGCAGCACUGACAACAAACAAACGGCCG